AUGGCCAUCACUAGAUUAAUUUGUUACUUGCUACAAGUAAUGGUGGUGAUGAUGAUGUUUCCCAUGGUUUUCAAUGGAUUAGUCAAUGCAAAUCAUGACUAUGCUGAUGCUCUUAUGAAAAGCAUACUCUUCUUUGAAGGUCAAAGGUCUGGCAAGUUACCAUCAACUCAAAGGCUCACUUGGCGCAAAGACUCUGCACUCCAAGACGGUCAUGAUAUGGGUGUUGAUCUUGUGGGAGGCUACUAUGAUGCAGGAGACAACUUGAAGUUUGGGUUUCCGAUGGCAUUUACAAUGACAUUGUUAGCUUGGAGCAUGAUUGAAUUUGGAGAGUAUCUUGGUCCGGAGUUUGGACAUGCAUCAGAGGCGCUACAGUGGGGGACUGAUUAUCUUCUUAAGGCCACGGCCGAGGCCAAUAAGGUCUAUGUUCAGGUAGGAGAUCCCUAUGCUGAUCAUAAUUGUUGGGAAAGGCCGGAGGACAUGGACACUGCUCGAACAGUUGUGUAUGUUGACGCUCAACAUCCCGGCUCAGAGGUUGCUGCAGAGAUUGCUGCUGCUCUUGCCGCGGCCUCUAUCGCCUUCAGAGCAUCGCAAUCUAACUAUGCUGAUAAACUCCUCCAAAGAUCAAUUCAGGUGUUUGAUUUCGCGACCAAAUAUAGAGGAUCUUAUAAUGAUAGCGUCGGAAGAUGGGUGUGCCCGUUUUACUGUGACUUUAGUGGUUAUGAGGAUGAGUUGAUAUGGGGAGCUGCAUGGUUAUUUAAAGCUACCAAAAAUGUUCAAUAUUUGAAUUUUGCUGUGAUUACUGGCCGAAAACCAGUUUGGCCGGCAGAGUUUGGGUGGGAUGAUAAACAUGCAGGCAUUUCUGUGCUGCUUAGUAAGGUAUAUAUAUUUUUAAAAGAUUCGACUGAAUAUUAUAACAAGGCUGAGGAUUUUGUGUGUAAUACAGUCCCUCAAUCACCCACAAGAACACUUAAGUAUUCUCCAGGUGGUUUAAUGUUCAAACCUGGAGGUAGCAACAUGCAGAACCCGACAUCAAUUUCUUUCCUUCUCCUGGUCCUUUCGCGUUACUAUGGACAACAAAAUUUCAACUGUGGUAGUGUCCAAGUAAAUCCAUCUACAUUCGUACAUGUGGUCAAAAGUCAGGUUGAUUACAUUUUAGGAGACAACCCAUUGCAAAUGUCCUACAUGGUGGGAUAUGGUGCAAAAUUUCCUCAAAGAAUCCACCAUAGAGGAUCAUCUCUGCCCUCCAAAGAUACACAUCCAAUUGGUUUCAAAUGCAAAGAGGGAACACCAUACUUUCAGAGCACGAACCCUAACCCUAAUUUAUUAACAGGGGCUCUUAUUGGAGGACCUGACCCAAAUGAUGCAUUCUUUGACAAUAGGUCUGAUUUCGCUCAUUCGGAGCCUACUACCUAUCUCGUUGCUCCCAUGGUUGGUGUCUUGGCGUAUUUCAAAGACAAUGCUUGA